AGACAGAGGAGCGUGACAGAAGGGAGAGGGAGAGGAGGAAGGAGAGUGAGUCUGAGGAAGCUCUCUGGUGAGAGAUCAGGCUAUCACUUUCAACCACGUGGAGACGAACCUCAACAACUCCUGCACAGAGGAGGCAGAAAUCAGCUGCUGGUGGAGGGAAACUAGCUUCUUCUUCUUCUUCUUCUUCUCCUUUUUGGGGAUGUAAUGCACAGAUCUGCUUUUGGGCAUCUUCACCCUGAAGUCUAAAGUUAAACAGGUGAACCAAAGAGACGUAUGAACUCGUUGGAACACCAAGAAAAUCUGUCGUUUCUUCGAUGGGAUUUGGUUUCAGAUUGCAGCUUUUUUUUUUCCUGUGUAUUCUUAAAUUUCAUGUCGUGGUAAUCUGGUCCUGCUGUGGACUGUCCGACUGCAGAGUCUACUGAAGAAGUAUGUUAAGUGGCAGUCUGGAAGCUGGUGCUUUGCUUGAGGAAUAGAAGAAGAAACGCUCGCUGUAAAGAUCUUCUCAGCUGGCCUGGGAUUCCAUAGGUCCUCUUGGAUUACAGGAAGAUUUCCUUGUCGCUCAGUGGAACUUUUAACACGGACUUCUGCUCUUUAACAAAAUCCCCAAGUCAGCUGUGUCGGUUAUGAACUUUAAGGGCGAAUUCUGAAAAUCCCUAAGGCUGUUUAUCUCCAUGAGGACGUCGUAGUAGAGUGAGACAGCAGAGGAUAAUGUGAUGAUGGUUUCGCUGCCUGUGCCAUGCUGAGAGGGAGGUUAGCUCUGGCGAGUGUGUAUCUGUGUUUUGUCUGUCUGCUCGGCUUGACGCUGCAAAUGCCUGCCAAACCCUGCGCUAACGACAUAUUCGCAAAACUCGAGGCCCUCGUCGGGGAAGUCCACAACUUGGAGGGGUUGAACUGCACAUUGUACACGCCCACCACAGAAGACUUUAAGCAGAAUUGCCCCAAGUCCAUCUUGAAAUGUCUUGCUGACGAAGUUAAAGUCCUCACUGAGGAGCUGGAGGCUUUUAAUGUCCCUGGAAUGCACGAGUUCCCAUUGAUCAAGAAUCUUAGGCGGCUAGCAGUGCGGAUAAAAAAGACGGAGUCAAACUGUCCGCGUUGUGAGCUCCUCAUAGAGAAAGAAGCUAAACUGUUCCUUAAGGAUCUUCACACGAUUCUUGAGAUGAUGAACUUUAGUAACUGCAACUGAUGGACUCCUAAGGACUUUAAAAAGACACUUAAUGACCUGUGUUUCUCUUCAUGGACUUUUCAUAUUUCCUGCGCACAAAUAAAUGCAUGAUGUCUGAGCA